UCGGACGAUGGGCCGUCCAGUUGCACAGAAGGUGAAUACCAACGGACUUACAAGAGUUUUUCUGAAUAUUUCUUUGUUUCAUUUCCAACGGACAUGGAGAAAAUUGUAGUGGUAACCGGAGCAAACAGCGGCAUCGGCCUGGCCCUGUGUGACCGGCUGCUGUCCGAGGACGGCCGGCUGCGGCUCUGCCUGGCCUGCAGGAACAUGAAGCGGGCCGAGGCCGCCCGCGCCACUCUGCUGGUGAGUCACGGCAGCGCGCGGGUGGACCUGCUGCACUUGGACGUGGGCUCUGCGCAGUCUGUGCUCAGUGCUGCAGAGGAACUCAAGGCCAGGUACCACCGUGUGGAUUUUUUGUAUUUGAACGCAGGAAUUAUGCCCAAUCCGACGGUGGACAUAAGAGCGUUUUUCAAAGGUCUCUUUUCCAGGAAUGUCAUCAACAUGUUUGCAACGGCUGAGGGUCUGCUGACUCAGCAGGACCAGCUCAACUCAGACAGCCUUCAGGAGGUUUUCGCCACAAACCUGUUUGGUCAUUUCCUCCUGAUCAGGGAGCUGGAGCCUUUGCUGUGUCAGCCAGGUCACACCUCCAGGCUGGUGUGGACGUCGUCCAGCAACGCCCGGCGCUCGGCCUUCAGCAUCCAGGACAUCCAGCACCGGCGAGGGAAGGAGCCCUACAGCUCCUCCAAAUACGCCUCGGACAUGCUCAGCAUGGCGCUCAACAAACACAAGAACCAGCAGGGGCUGUUCUCCUCUGUGAUCUGUCCAGGCCUGGUGAUGACUAACUUGACCUACGGGAUCCUGCCCUCCUUCUUCUGGACUCUCAUCAUGCCCGUCAUGUGGUUGAUCCGGAUUUUUACCAACACUUUCACGCUUACGCCAUACAAUGGAGCCGAGGCACUGCACUGGUUGUUUCUUCAGAAGCCAGAGUCUCUGGAUCCCAGAGCGAAGUACCACAGCUUAACAUCCGGACUGGGGACCAAUUACACCGAGCCACGCAGGAUGGACCUUGAUGAUGAAAUGACUGAGGUCUUUUUCUCAAAGCUCCUUGAGCUUGAGAAAGAAGUGAGAAGAAACCUGAGCAAGAAAACCGCUGACAGUGAACAUUAUCAGCAGUAUCUCAAUGAGAUACAGUAGCAGUUUUUAUUUAAAAAAAAAAAAGGUUUUUCUAUCUUGGUUUUUUUACCAUAUCAAACGUGCAAUAUGUUAUGACUUCUGCAAAUUGAACUUCAUUAAAUGUUUAUUUUCCUGAAUCUAAUGUAAUUUUUAUUUGAAAUAUUUAGGAAAACGCAAGUUAAAAUCAGGCAGGUGUCAUAAAUAACUGAGACUGAACUCUUUAGCUAUAACAUGUUUUUUUUUCUGCCAAGAAAUGGUGCACCUAUUUAAGCAUUUUCAAUAUAAAUGACAGUUAUAAUAAUUUUUCAUGGCCAGAGUUAAACCUAGUACAUGUUUGGCUUAUGAGGUUUACUUUCCAACAAUUCAAUCAAACUUGUAUGCAAAUUCAGAUUCAUGACAGUUUUGGUACAACAUUUUGGUUUGCAGAAUUCGGAUUCCCAACAGCAUUAAAUAAUGUACUACAAUAAGGUUGGGCUUUUAUUGUAUUGUUUAUAUUUUAUAAUGAUAAAUUUCUUAAGAAUUUUGACUUAUUACAAUAAAUAAAAAACAAACAAA